AUGAUUGAGUGCUGUACAAAGAGGAUUCUUACCAUCGCACUAGUCGUCCUUGUUGUAGUCGCUUCCAUUAUCUUUUUCAUCGAAGAAUCAGUCUCCUCUGCCCUACGUCCACUGCGACCUACUUUCGACACUGCUAAUCCUUGCACUGAUAAUCAGUCAUUUUACUACCUAACAUCCUGUCAGCUCUGCAACCAAGUCGACAUGAAAUCAGAUCCAGCUUGCGGGGGUACGGGCUAUCGAGUUCAAGUCGUCUGCAAUGCCAUUAAGCCGAAGGGCAACGAUAAAAAUGCGCACAAGAUGGCUGAUUCGAACACCCCUAAAUGGGUGGCCUGUGAUCCCAAAACAUUCAGUGAUCUGCAAGCAGAACGGCGGAGUUUUGUCAUCUUUGAAGCCUUCAUUGGAUGUUGUGGUCUCGCCUCCUAUAUCUUUGUGCGACGACAGCAUCGACGGCUCGAUCAGAGGCUGGUUGACAGGGCGACCAGUUUUUUAAUGCUUGAUUUAACAGAUGACGAAUGUUGUGCCCUAGCACUUUCCUUUUUCUUCUGUUUUCUCGUAUAUGCAGGAGGGCAGCUGCUGAAGAAGUGCCUUUUAUUUAUUUAUCAAAAAUCAAAUGCUAAUGCAACUCAGACAGAACAGUCUCGUGCCAAAUACUUCCGUGAAAGUAUUCACGUAGCAUUUCAGGAUGGGGUCGCAGCAUUUCAGGCCUGUGCUUGCAGUUUGGAAAACGCCAUUGCUCGUGUUACCCUGGGAAAUAUGGCCGUUCUUGCCUCGAUCACCAUUCAUAACCUAUUGAUGCUAAAGUAUGCCUGGAGAGAUGCCCUCGGCUCCACUUGUAAUGUCUUCUAUCGGCAAGUCAAUGAUAAUUAUUAUUAUUGGAUCUCAGUCUAUUCGCAGCGAUACUACCUCAUGAACCAGACAGACCUCCUCGGUGUCUGCCUCUCCUGGUGCCUCCAACUUUUAGGUGCAUUAUUUGCUCUCUACAUCUCCUACUUCUGGUGGGGACUGCGUCUCUCCACCCACCAUGCCUGUCUUCACGGCCAACGUCUCCUUCUUCAACAUUAUCAUGAGGACCAUGAUGAUGGUGAUGAAUUCAACGACAGCAUCGGGGAUCUCCACGUGCCCCUCCUUGUGGGAAUCGGCGUAGAAGCCGGUGUCGCCUUUAUGGACGUGGUGUUGGCGGGGGGGCUACCUGCUCUCCUGAACCUCUGGAAACGUCACCAUCUAGAAAGGAGGCAGGAGGAUUGGUGGACGCUGGAAUUCGUGGUAUUUUCGGUGAGACAGGCGGUGUGCAUCUACUUUGUGCAUCUGGGUCUACCCCUAACCGGUGCGUACGCAAACGGCGUUAACGCGGUGAUUCAAACCUGGGGUCUCGGUCGUGCCUCCAACCCGCUGCAUCACCUUCUCGUCUACUGGUUCAGCCCCCUCCUUGGCGUGUGGGGUGGGAUUUUUACCUUGAAAGUGCUUCAAAAUUCCGCUUUCAUGUUGACUCAACAUCCACCCUCCUCUGUGGGGCUUUUUGACCUCCAUGAAGCCAAUCUUGCCGCUACUAUAAAUACCUCCAUAUCCUCGUCCCCCUCUGACGAGACAACGCCUUCCGUGCACCUGACUAGCUCUUACAAGAUCUCAGGUGAGGGUCUCCAGUUGGCUGCGGUUUGUGCCUCACCGAAGAUAUUCCGAUCCAAGUCAUUGACGCGUCAACGUCCAGAACGGAUAGCGUGGCGGCGUUCCUCAGGAUGUCGACUCCUCCCACAAUCUAGCCGUGACAGCCAGCCGGAUAUGGCCUCCUCAUCCUCCUCUACCGGUUUUCUUGAUACCGCUGGGCUGGGUGACAGUCAACAGUCCUGUCGUCGGUGUCCCAUUAGGAACCAAUUGGAGGGCGAGGAGGAGGAGGGGGUGACGGAGUUCAUUGGAGGACUCCGUCGUCGACGCAAUAGAAGCUUUCACACGUGCACUUAA